AUGUCUGUUAUAACAUUAUUCAAUAAAUAUCCUCUUUCAAUGGCAAGAAGACAAAUUUUUACUAAACUGAAAAUUUUCAAUAAUCAUUUUCGUUUGUUUUCAUUAUCAUCAACAACAUAUGCUGAAGGAGUUAUUCCACCAAAAUUUCAAAUUGAUUUACCUGGAGUAGAAAAUUAUGGUUUUGAGGGUGAAUCUUCAUUUAUGAGAUGUAAAUAUGGAGCUGUUGCUUCUGAUUCUGAUGAAGCAUCAAAAGUUGGCAGGCGUAUUCUAAAUUUAGGUGGUUCAGCAGUUGAUGCAGCCAUUGCUGUUCUUCUUUGUGUAGGUGUACACAAUUGUCAUUCAAGUGGAAUUGGUGGCGGAUUUCUUAUGAAUAUCUAUGAUUUGGAACAUAAAGAAUGUGUAUCUAUUGAUGCACGUGAAGCAGCACCAUCAAAUGCUCAUAAACGAAUGUUUGUUGAUGGAAAUCCAGCACCAUCAUCUACCCAUGGUGGUUUAGCAAUUGGUAUACCCGGUGAAAUUGCAGGCUUUUGGAAAGCACAUAAACGUUAUGGAAAAUUACCAUGGGCAGUUCUAUUUCGACCAGCAAUCGAUAUGUGUAAUGAAGGUUUUUCAAUACGAAAAGCACUUGCUUUUAGUAUACUUAAAUGUAAAGAUAAACUAUGGGAACAAAGAUCAUUUAGACGAGUGUUCUUUAAAGGUGAUUCAGAUCAUGUUUAUGGUUUAGGCGAUACAAUAUUUCGACCACGUCUUGGAAGAACACUUUCAAUAAUUGCUGAAAAAGGACCUAGUGCGUUUUAUGAAGGAGAAUUAUCAGAUCAAAUUUGUGAAGAAAUACAAGAACAUGGAGGCAUUAUUAAUCGAUAUGAUUUAGAAACGUAUCAUGCUAGAGUUAAACCAUCGGUUAGUGUUACAUUAGGUGGGAAUUAUACAGCUUAUGGUGUCCCACCACCUGCUAGUUCAGCUAUAACUCUACUUAUUCUUAAAGUCAUGGAUGGUUAUGGUUUAACACCACAUUCAUUAGAUACUGAUGAAAAACAAGUGAGAUUUUAUCAUAUUGUUAAUGAAUUAUUCAAAUUUGCUUAUGGAAAACGAUCAGCUAUGGGAGAUGAAUAUGAUUCACAAACAGAAAAAAAUGCAGAUAUUGAAAAAUUAUUACAUCUUAUUUUAUCUCCUGAAUAUGCUGAAGAAAUUCGUGAAAAAAUCAAUGAAGAUAAAGCACAACCACUUGCAUAUUAUGAUCCUAUGUUUGAACCUCAAACAGAUCAUGGAACUAGUCAUUGUUCAAUUAUUGAUGCAACAGGAGAUGCAGUUGCCGUAACAAGUACAAUAAAUACUGAUUUCGGUUCUUUUGUUUAUGGACGUCAUACUGGUAUUAUUUAUAAUAAUCAAAUGGAUGAUUUUUCUCAGCCAGGUUUAGCGAAUUAUUAUGGUUAUGCUCCAAGUCCUGCUAAUUUUAUAAGACCAUUUAAACGUCCUAUGUCAUCAAUGAGUCCAAUUCUUGUUACGGAUUCAAGUGGUGAAGUUGUAUUUAUUGCUGGUGGUUCAGGUGGAAGUCGAAUUAUAUCAUCUGUUGCUCAAGUAGCUAUGUAUAAUUUAUGGUUGGGUAAAAGUAUUCGUGAUUCUGUUGAUAUGCCUCGUUUACAUCAACAACUUAUUCCAAUGGAAGUUGAAUUAGAAAAACGUUUUCCUGUUAAUGUUGUACAUGGUCUUUUAGCUAAAGGUCAUAUAAUAUCAAGUUUUCGUGGUGGAUGUGUUGUUCAAGCUAUUGAACGUCGUCAUGCAAAUGAAUUAUGGGCUGUGAGUGAUGCUCGAAAAGGUGGUGCACCAGAUGGUCUUGGUUAUAAACAUGUAACAAAACGUUUUCAAAAUUGGUUUCGUCGAACAUUUAAAAGAAGUAAAGAACAACGUUUAUUAGAAGAAGAAAUUGAAAAAGCAAGAUUAUUUUCUCCAAAAUAA